UUCAUUCUCAACACAGUUACCCUCUUUCCAGCACACAACCCACUCCAUAACUUCAGAACUAUGAGCAAGACCUACUCCUCAUCUGCUGAGACGGCCUCUUCCUAUCGUCGUACCUUUGGUUCAGGUUUGGGCUCAACCAUGUCCAGCUCUAUGUUUGGCCGAGGCUCUUCUGGCACUUCCCGUGUUUCCUCCAGGGUCUAUGAAAUGACCAAGACCUCCUCCCCUCUUUACUCAAGCCAUCGCUCCGGAGCAUCCUCCUUCGCCUAUGGUGGAGCUGGGAAACACUCCUAUGCAGGUUCGGGUGAGAAGCUGGACUUCAGCCUGGCUGAUGCCAUGAACCAGGAUUUCCUGCACACACGCACCAAUGAGAAGGCCGAGCUGCAGCACCUGAAUGACCGCUUUGCCAGUUACAUUGAGAAGGUGCGCUUCCUUGAGCAGCAGAACCAGGGCCUGGUUGUAGAGAUUGAGCGCUUGAGGGGUCGUGAGCCCACACGUAUUGCUGAGAUGUUCGAGGAGGAGAUGACGGAGCUGCGUAGGCAGGUGGAUGCUCUGACCAACCAGAGAGCUCGUGUAGAGGUGGAGCGUGACAACCUGGCUGAUGACCUACAGAAACUUAAGCUCAGACUUCAAGAGGAGAUCCAUCAGAAAGAAGAGGCUGAGAAUAACCUCUCUGCUUUCAGAGCUGAUGUUGAUGCCGCCACUCUUGCCAGGCUGGACCUGGAGCGACGCAUUGAGAGCCUACACGAGGAGAUUGCCUUCCUCAAGAGGAUCCAUGAGGAGGAAAUCCGUGAGUUGCAGAACCAGAUGCAGGAGACUCAGGUCCAGAUCCAAAUGGACAUGUCUAAGCCUGACCUUACCUCUGCUUUGAAGGACAUCCGUGGCCAGUAUGAGGCCAUUGCAGCGAAAAACAUUUCAGAAGCAGAGGAGUGGUACAAGUCUAAGGUAUCAGAUCUGAACCAAGCCGUGAGCCAGAACAACGAUGCAUUAAGAAAGGCCAAGAUGGAGAUGACGGAGUUCCGCCACCAAAUCCAGUCCUACACUUGCGAGAUCGAUUCCCUCAAGGGCACUAAUGAGUCUCUGAUGAGGCAGAUGAGAGAGAUGGAAGAAAGGUCGGGCCACGAGGCUGGCGGUUACCAGGACACCAUUGCUCGACUGGAGGCUGAGAUUGCCAAAAUGAAAGAUGACAUGGCUCGUCACCUUCGCGAGUACCAGGAUCUUCUUAAUGUCAAGAUGGCCCUGGAUGUGGAGAUCGCCACAUACAGGAAGCUGCUGGAGGGAGAGGAGAGCAGGAUCUCUCUGCCUCCGCAGACGUAUUCCGCUUUGAGCUUCAGAGAGAUGAGUCCAGAGCAGUACUCACAGCCACGUUCCUCUGAGGUCCACUCCAAGAAAACAGUUUUGAUCAAGACCAUAGAGACCCGUGAUGGAGAGGUUGUCAGUGAAUCCACACAGCACCAGCAGGACGUCCUGUAGGAGAAGAAAAGAGAAGAAAGGCACUAUGCAAAGAAAUCAGCAGUACAAUUUGCUCCAAUUUAAAACAAAACAUUUCCAAGCCAUACAGGCCACUUUUUCUUCUUUUUUUUUUAUAUACCUUUAGUGAUGCUAUGACCCACAAUUCCAGGCAGCUAUGAGGAAUAAAAGAGAAAGUGUGCAAAGGCCAAAAGAUUAUGAAUAAAGAUUUAACUGUGGUGGUCAUUUGUUAAAAAGAAGGGCAAUAUUCAACUGCUUAAACUCUGAAUUUUGUAUGGAAGUGUAUGUGUGUGCUUGUGAGUAAGUGGGUUACAUCUGCAUCAUGAUUUAUCGCAUACCACCAUAUGAGGCCUGUUAAAUGAUUUUGUGGUUUCAUUAAAGAGAAACUUGAAACACAA